AUGUACAUAUCAGCGGGAAAUAUCCUUACCACAAACGCCUACAUCUUUCACAACAACCUUACAUACGGAAAAAUUGUUUAUCUCGCAGGCCAACAUCAGCAACAGAAAACUCUCAUUCCUGAACCUAAACAUGUCCCACUCCUGCGAGUGCGUUCCCAAAUAGCAUUAAGCUCUGUAACACAUGGCAAGGCACGUGAGGAGCAAAUACAAUUAAGUGACGAGGCAUUAGUGGGUGAGGAGAAGCAUAAUGAAUUCCCUAAAAAUCAGGAGCUUGGACGUGGCAAGAGAGAGAAAAGGGCUAGUGUGAAGCUAACAGAAUUAGUCAGUGGAUAG